AUGCAUACUUUUUUAAUAUCGAUCUGUGCUAAUGUUGUCCAGGCCUCUGCGGCAAACAGUAACCUUGAAGGCGUUAUCUUCGAACUUGGGGCUCAAUUCCGCCAGAUCUGCUUUGCUGCGACCAGGGUCAUCAUUCAAGAGGAUAUCGCCGAAAAGUUCGCGACAGGGCUAAAGGCGCGCUUCGAGAUGUUCAAGAACAACAUGGGCAACCCUUUGGCGAAAGCGACAUUCCUUAGGCCGUUGGUUGAUAAGGUACAAACAGAGCGCAUCCGGGCGUUUUCCGAGCAGGGUAGGGAAGAUGGGGUCAAGUUCAUCACGGGUGGGGAAAGCAAUGAUAAUUUCGUCGAACCAACAAUAAAGAAAAACCCCCCGCUUGAAUAUGCUGUUUGGAAGGGAGAGAUCUUCGAUCCAGCGUUAGGAACUAAAACCUUCAGAUCUGAAGGUGAAGCUAUUCGACUUGCAAACAAUACCAACUAUGGCUUAUCUGCCUGUGUCUACACAAGUGAUAUUGCGCGUGCAUUGAAAGUGUCAGACUGUCUUGAGUCUGGAGCUCUGGCCAUCAAUUAUAGUUAUUUCCCGGCAAUCACUGUUUCCAAGAAGCGGGAGUGA